AUGUUCCUUCUCCUUGCACUUCUCGCUGAGCUUGGAGGCCUGCAAGCCCACCCAGAUUCUGAAGGCAUAUUCCUGCAUGUCACAGUUCCACGAAGGAUAAUGUCAAACGGGAGUGAAGUAUCAGAGAGAAAGGUGAUUUAUGUCAUUAAAAUUGAUGGAAAACCAUAUACCCUGCAUCUCAAAAAACACUCAUUUUUAUCUCACAACUUUAUGAUUUAUACAUAUGAUGAAACUGGAUCUUUGCAUUCUGAAUCUUCAUAUUUUACGAUGCAUUGCCAUUACCAAGGACAUGUUGUAGAAUUUCCAAAUUCAUUUGUGACACUCAGUAUAUGUUCAGGCCUCAGGGGAUUUCUUCAGUUUGAAAAUAUCAGCUAUGGAAUUGAACCCCUGGAAUCAUCAGCAAGAUUUGAACACAUAAUUUAUCAAGUGAAAAAUGAUAAUCUAAAUGUAUCAGUGUUAGCAGAGAAUUACACCAGUAUUUGGCAGAAAUACAAACCCUAUAAAGUUCAUUUAAAUUCUCAGGUAAUUGUUAUUAUUCUGAUGUUAUAA